AUGUUGUACAACCUUCGGAUUUUGACGGAGACUGGAGCCCUUCUUUAUGAAAAAACGUGGACGAAGGUGGUAGAAAACAUCGAAAAUUUCCGCACGAUGAUUCCACAGUUAUUUUCCGCGAUGAUGCGGAUGGCACAAUCAUCGAUGGGAAUGUCCCUCCGAUUCAUUAGCGUAGGAGGGAUCUCCGUUUCUAUGUCGAACAACACAGAGGCAGGACUGAUAUGUUAUGUCUUUUAUGAUGAAGAUGAUGGAGAGGAAGUUGGUCAAUUUGUGAGCGAAGCAGUGUUAAGAGAGUUCAUGAUGAGUUAUCAAAUAGAAGACGUGACAUCUCCUAAAUUGGUUGAAUUCAAACAACAGCAGAAGACAUCCCUCUUUCUGAACUUUUCGAAUCUUUUGGUUAACGCCAUUCGAAAAGCUAUAAAAUCCGUGUUGACAGAGUUCAAGAAGAAACAAGGCAUUUUGUCUGCAGAUAUCAUCGAACACGAAAAAGUCACUGGGAGCGAGACGGAGAGUACAAGCGGAGGAGUCGAAAUCAUUGCAAAUAUUAAGACUAUGGUCCCUUUAAUCGACUCCAUUAUGAGUCUAAAAAACAUGGGAAAUAGUAUAGUGACUUUCGUCGAAUUCACUACUAACAGACUUGUCGUGCAAAAAGUCCGCACCGGGUGCCUUGUAGUAGUCGGGCAAAAAAAUAUCGCUGCAAAAAUCCUUGAAACAGAGAUAAAAAAAUACGCAACGAUGGUGGAAACAAUUCAGGGAAUGGUUUCUGCUCUUCAGUAA